AUGGAGGAAGAAGAAACAUUUUCGCAAAUGACUAUCUCUGGCUACGCGCAGCACGAGAUCUCCGAAGCGUCUAAAGAGAGUAAGGCGGCCCAGCAGCAACUGCGUGGGGCCUCAAAGAACAGCGCCUUCGAGGCGACCCUGAAGGCGAUCCUCAAGGCGGCGCGGAAGAAGCGCAGCAUCGCGAGGUGGGGAGCACUGGAAACGUUCUUCGAGGGCUAUGUACGGCAGCUCGAGAAGAAGAGCCGCGAGGGGGAUUAGGCGGGUUUCUACAGGCACCUG